GUAUCACAGUUUACGGACAACAACGCUUCUGGCCAGAACACGAUCGGGAAUAGUUGCUAAUUUGAGAGAAAAACAUUAAAUCUAGAGUGCAUCCCCGUGAAAUUUCGCAAAUAAAAGCAACAAUGGCAAAGUUAUUUUCCAUCCUUUUGUGCCUGACUAUUAUCGGAUUCAUCAGCGCAGCUCCUGUAGAGGACAAGAAGCCCGCUGAGGAGGCUGAUCUCUCCACCGCAGACUCCAUUGGCUACGGCUACUAUGCAGCACCAUCGCCCAUUUACUACGGCGGCUAUGGAGGUGGCUACAAGUACGGCGGAUAUUCCGGUUACGGCGGCUACGGCGGAUAUCGGUCCUACGGAGGCGGCUUCUAUCGUCCCCGAAUUUACCCAGUUUGGGGCUAAGUGACGCAAUACAAAGAUGACAGAUCAAAAAACGUUCCUUAAGCAAGAAGUUCCAGACAUAUGUACAUAAGUUCCUUAACCCAGAAAAAUCCUAAGUAAUCGCACUAGUGACCAAAGAAGUUAUACAAGCAAGCCCCCCAGUUUUGAAAUUGUAACCCUUUCACUGUCUUGCAACCACGAGUUGAUGACGUCAGCGGCAGUUUUUGACCCCAGAGCACAAUUAACACCGGCUUUAUUGCAAUAAAAACAAAAAACAAAAAAAACUUUACGUACGACCACGCUCGCAUGUGCGGUUUAUUAUUUUCAAAUUUCAAUUGUCCAAAACCGGAUUUGUUUUUUGAACUUCCAAAGAAAUUGAGGCGGCUAACGUAACAUACAGCAAAAUUCCGAGUUGGCCAAGUCGAGUAAUUACACACAUCUGAACCUUUAGUUGGACCUAUCUUUAACGAUCCACAUGUCCAAAUUUCGAGUCAUAAACGGGGUCACAAGAAAGCUGGUCUAUACAGUGGAUAUCAGCCAGAAGUUUGAAGUAUAUAAAACUCUUUUUAACAAUCUAAAAAAAAUCAUACUAUAGAAGAUAGUUAUUAUGGCCAUAAACUAUUUAAAACUCAUAAUAAUGUAGUGACGAUUAAAAAAAUAUAUUAUGUUUUU